AUGCCACACGCCGUGCCAGUCUACAAGAGGCCGUCCAACAAGGACAGGCUAUACAUCGCACUAUAUGCCAGGGGUGGGGACAGCAUCAUGUCCGGGGGCGAGGACAAAUACCACUGGGCCCUCCUGGUCGGCCCAAAGCACGAAGACAGCAACUCAAAAGGCAAGCGGUUCCACGUCAAGGAGACCAUGACGACCGUCGACGGGCGCACCCAGAGCCGCUGGCUGUACGAGGAGCGCGACAUCGGCAUGAACCCCACGGCCAUGAUCCUCGUCCGGGUCAUCAUCGGCAAGGUUGCGAACCUGGAGCGCGUCGCCUCGGUGCUGCGCAAGGUGCCCCUGCACCAGGAACAGGCCGGCUGGAACUGCGUCUCGUGGCUGCGCGAUGCCCUCGAGGCGCUGCGCCGCGACGGGAAGGCGCUGUCGGGGGCGCGGUCGUCGGCUGCGACUGCUGGGGCUGCGACUGCUGUGUGGGAGGAGGACAGGGAGGCGGCGCUGGACUUUGUCAGGAGGAAGGAGAGGCAGCACCGGUUCGACGGGAAGGCCACGCCGGGGUGGUUUGAUAUGAGCCAGGUUGCGACUUAUGACUUCCUGCGAGACAGGGAGGUCAUUGCUUGA